GGAAUUGUAUGUGUGUGUGUGUGUGUGUGUGCGCGCGCGCGCAUGUGUUUAGAGCCUAUAACAGGUUGUGUGUGCCAUUAAUGUGACUGGUAAGAUAAGAAACUGUGUGAACCUGCUGUUCUUCAUGAUUCAGUGUUUUCAUGUUCAGAUGUGUGUGUGACUGCACACUGACUCAUCCAGCUCGUAGGAAGUGUGUCUUUAGUGAGGUUUCAGCACUGAAGCAGUGUCAGGCUGCAGUGUGUGUGUGUGUGUGUGUGUGAAAAGUCUGUGUGUGAGGCCAGUUUCAAAAGUUGACUUGGUUAGAAUGGGGACGGGGCUGUAAGUGGGAAGGAGCAUGCUGAAACGUAGUGGCAAAAGCAGCUACAAUCCUUACUCGACCAGUCAGAGAGUUAAGAAAGCUGAGUCGAAGGGCAAGGACAGACUGGACAUACUGCCCAACAAGCACAGCGUGUGGCUGAAGCAGCUGUCCAUUCUCCAGGAGCAGCCUCGGAAAGAUGCAGGCGACACCACCCUCUCCUCUUCAUCCUCACCCUCGUCCUCCUCUUCAACUCUCACCCCGUCCUCCGCCGGGUUUCAGGACCCCUCCCUGUCCUGCCCGAGCACCCCCAGCACCCAGCAUGGAAAGCUGGGGGUGAUGCAAGGGGUGGGCUGCCCGUCGCCUGUGUCCACCCUGAAGAGGCCGACGGCGCUGAGCAGACACGCCAGCGCUGCAGGUUUCCCACUCCAGUCGUGGGUGUUCACUAAAGGCCAGGGCAAAGGGGCCCUGACCCCGACUACUCCGUCUGAUGGUCCCGAGAGCACGGCCAUCGAGGUCGAGGACAUCCCGGCCCUGCUGAGGGACGUGGCGCGCUUCGCAGAGGCUGUGGAGAAACUGAAGGAUGUGGUGCUGGCUGAAGGUAAGAAGGAGGGUCAGCGGCCCAUGGCUCAUGAGUGUUUAGGCGAGGUCCUGCGGGUGCUGCGUCAGGUCAUCAACACCUACCCUCUGCUUAACACUGUGGAGAUCCUCACCGCUGCCGGCAAGCUCAUAUCCAAGGUCAAAGGUUUCCACUAUGAGGCUUCUAACGAGGCAGAUAAGAAGGACUUUGAGAAGGCGAUUGAAACCAUCGCUGUUGCUUUCAGCAGCAAUGUGUCUGAGCUGCUGAUGGGAGAGGUGGACAGCAGCACAUUGCUCUCACUGCUGCCCACUGAGAAGAGCAGGUCGAUGGAGAACUUGUACGCUGCGACAGGCCAGGGAGCGGACGGGGGACAGUUCAGGAGCGACCUCCAGGACAUGGGCAGAGCUGAGGAAGUGGAUGUGAUCCUGCAGCACAGCGAGGGAGGGGUGGACUCCGCUCUGCUCUAUGCCAAAACCAUUUCCAAGUACAUGAAGGACCUGAUGAGCUACGUGGAGAAGAGGACUUCACUGGAAACUGAGUUCGCCAAAGGCCUCCAGAGAUUAUACCAGUCCUGCAAGCACAGCAUAACACAUCCCCAAAUGCCGCUCUUCUCCAUCUACUCUCUGGCUCUGGAGCAGGACCAGGAGCAGAGCGUGGGGCUGCAGCAGGCCAGCAACACGCUGCACAGCCAGACCUUCAUCCAGGUAAACUUCACUCAGCCUCUGAUGCAGCGUAAACAGGAGCACGAAAAGAGACGGAAGGAAAUCAAGGAACACUGGAUUCGAGCGAAGAGAAAACUGAUGGAGUGUGAGGCGAACCUGCGGAAAGCCAAGCAGGCCUACAUGGUUCGCUGCGAGGAGUACGAAAAGGCCAAAACAGCAGCCAGCCGAGCCGAGGAAGAGGGAGGAGGGUCGACUGCAAAGUCUGUGGAGAAGAAGAAACGAAUAGAGGAGGAGGCUCGCAACAAGUCAGACGAGGCGGAGGCCACCUACCGGACAUGUAUAGCAGAUGCCACCACUCAACAGCUGGAGCUGGAGCACACAAAGGUCACAGUGCUGAGACAACUGCAGGACGUCAUCAAACAGAGCGACCAGACCCUGCGCUCGGCGACCAUCUCGUACUACCAGCUCAUGCACAUGCAGACGGUAGCGUUGCCGGUUCACUACCAGACUCUGUGUGAGAGCAGUAAGCUGUACGAUCCGGGCCAGCAGUACGCCGCCCACGUCCGAGACCUGCAGCUGCCAGAGCAGCCGAAUGUACAAUAUACAUUUGAGAACUACUGUCCCUCCAGCUCAUCGUCACACCAUGGCCACAGACCAAGGAAUGACAGCUUCAACACGGAGCCAACGAGCCACACAGACAGUCCUGCCACCAGUGUGGACACAGCAGCCGCAGAACACAGAGAGGCAGAGGCUCAGCGUAAGAGGCAGGGCCACAAGUCGUGGGGUUCAACAGUGAGCGACGACAGUGUCGGAGGAGAGGGAGGCCUCGAGUCUCCUACUGCCAGCACAAGUGACAUCAGCAAAAUGGCUCGGACGUCAUCCACUGGAACAAUGUCGUCCAAUGAGGAUGCAGAUGAGAAAGACGGGAAUGUGAACUCAUUUGAAACGCCAAACAUGAACGGCAUGGAUCCUGAUGUGGUGGUAUCCACGCGACCUUUCCGUAACAUCGGCCUGUCUAAAGCAGCGAGGACCCACCGACUGAGGAAGCUACGGACUCCUGCAAAGUGCCGCGAGUGCGACAGCUACGUUUACUUUCAGGGGGCCGAGUGCGAAGAGUGCUUUCUGCCAUGUCACAAGCGCUGUCUGGAGACUCUGGCCAUCCAGUGCGGCCACAAGAAGCUGCAGGGCCGCCUGCAGCUGUUCGGGAGGGACUUCUCUCAGGUAGCCAGCUGCGCCAGUGACGGCAUCCCCUUCAUCAUCACCAAGUGUAUCUCCGAGAUAGAGAGACGGGCGCUCAAGAUGAAGGGCAUAUACAGAGUGAACGGAGUGAAGACUCGUGUGGAGAAGCUGUGUCAGGCCUUUGAGAACGGCAAGGAGCUGGUGGAGCUGUCGCAGUGUUCGCCGCAUGACAUCAGCAAAGUCCUCAAGCUUUACCUCAGACAGCUGCCAGAGCCCAUCAUGCCGUUCCGCCUGUACAACAGUCUGAUGGGUUUGGCGAAGGAGAGUCUGCAGAGCGAAGCAGAGACACCAGAGGGAGAGGAGGCUGAGUCCACCCCAGCAGCGGGUAAGGGGCUGGUGGAUCUGGGCCCUGACACCGAACCCGAGGUCCUGGUCCUGGUGGAGAAGCUGAAGGAGGUUCUGAAGGAGCUGCCCAAGGCUAACAUCGCUACACUGCGCUACAUUAUUCGCCACCUCCGGAGGAUUGCAGAGUUAGAGGACGACAACAAGAUGAGUCCCAGUAACUUGGGUAUUGUGUUCGGUCCCUCCCUGAUGCGUCCUCGUCCGACCGGAGCCACGAUAUCCUUGUCCUCUCUGGUUGAUUACCCUCACCAAGCCCGCAUCGUGGAGGCCCUCAUAGUCUUCUAUUCAUCUAUCUUCCAGUCCAAAACCUCUCAGUCCCACAAAACCAUUGGCUCUGCUUCCUCGUCCACUCAGCAGGGUACUAUUGCGGAUGAGAAGACUGGGAGCUCCGCUGAUGGAGAGGAUGAUGGAGGCAGAGAGGAGCCAAACAAACCAGACUCUGACAAGAUGGAGGAGGGAUGUGAAAGUUCUUUAGGGUCGCUUGGGUCCAGCGAGCAGCUCCCCGACUCCGACUCCGAGCCGGACGAGAGCGGUCAGAGGACUGCACACACCCUCAGCCUGGUGAAGCAGGAGAGCGAGGUGAGCAUGGAUGACGACCAGCUGAGCUACAGGGACAGCCUGGACCUGUCCAGCCAGUCUGCAGUCCAAACCGACCCGGAACAAGACGCAGAUCCGGACCACCACGACGACCCCAGUGGAGCAGAGCCCCCCGCGCUGCCAGACAGCGGGCCCCCAGAUGACGACACAGGGGCGGAGCAGGAUCUGAGUGCCUCUCUGGCUGAGCUGAAUGUGAACCAGUCCAACAACAACUACCCGUGCUCCCCCAUGUUGAGCUUGUCGGGUCUCCCACUGGCGCGUCUGUGUGGGAAGAAGUUGCCCCUGACUAGAAACAGGGACAGUGAGCCAGAGUUUGUCUGAUGUCAUUAUCAAAAAUCAUUGUGUGUGUUGAGUGACAGAAUGAUUGAUCUGGUUUUUAUUCAUUAAAAUCCAGUACAACCUGCACCUGAGAGGGCCAUUAUAUUAUGUACAUCAAGAUUCAAGUUUUUAAUGUAUUUAGAUGUUUACAGCUGUAUCAAUCUAUCUGAACGUCUGCACGCUUUCUGCUGUGUGAUGCAGUUACUGCUGUCAUUUCAAGAGGUUUUUGACUCAAAUGUAAUAUGCGUCAGUUUGUAUUUUAAACUGUUUAUCUGGUUGCUCUUUCAAGCUUGAGGGAAAGUGGGUAGCGAGUCACAUCUGAACGGACUGUGCAGAAUUUUAAAGCAAAUCCCCUUCAGUGCUGCUGGUUUUAUUUCAGCACUAACAUUUAAAAAAAUAAAUUUAGCAGUCUCUUAUAAAUGUUGCCUGUAUUGCACUGUUGUGGAUGUUUCAUCUGUUUUAAUAAACAUUUUAUUUUAAUAUUG